UGGCGGUUCCCACUGUUUUUACAUCGCUGCCGUCAGUUGCGCUUUCAAGUUUGUUUUGCACAUUUUGCCGCACAUACACGCUACACAUGUGCAUGCACGCGUAAAUGUACACAUUGGGGUCCAGGGCUUGAACACGUGCACUGGAAUACGGGAAUCUACACACUGUCAAGUGAGACUGGCCUCCAGAGACACAAGAGUGAGCAAUUCUGAGCACGCUGUGUAGAGAAGAGUGUGGUAAACCACGGCUGUGCAGAGACAGCCUGCUGUCCAUCCUGAUGCCCAUCAUGACUGCUUAUGUGAGCCUCCUCGUGCUGGCUGUCUGUACAUUUGGACAAGAGCUCCCAUCAAGCCCUCAUGGCUGCACUGAGGGAAGCUGUUACCCUGCAACAGGAAACCUCCUGAUUGGACGGGCUGUCAAUCUAACUGCCACCUCCACUUGUGGCCUUACUGGACCAGAGAAAUACUGUAUUGUCAGUCAUCUGCAGCAACCAGACAAGUGUUUCGAGUGUAACUCACAGCAUCCCUACAGCCCAAACGUGCACACUAACAGCCACCGCAUUGAAAACGUGAUCUACCUCACGGACAGCAACGGAGUCAACACCUGGUGGCAGUCUGUCAAUGGACAGGAGAGUGUAAGCAUCAGGCUGAACCUGGAGGCUGAAUUCCACUUCACACAUCUCAUCAUGAAGUUCAAGACUUUCCGACCUGCAGCUAUGAUCAUCGAGCGUUCGGCUGACUUUGGCCGCACUUGGCGUCCGUACCGCUACUUUGCCUCAAAUUGUUCCAGAACCUUUCCGAACAUCCCCGCCAAUGGCUUGCACCACAUCAAUGACAUCAUUUGUGAGGAACGCUACUCUGACAUCGAACCCUCCACGAAUGGAGAGGUAAUUUAUAAAGUUCUGGAUCCUUCCAUUCCUGUGGCAGACCCCUACAGCUUAGAUAUUCAAGAACUUUUGCGCAUCACCAACCUACGCAUUAACUUCACAAAGCUCAACACUCUGGGAGAUGACCUGCUGGACCGACGCCCUGACGUCCUGCAGAAAUAUUACUAUGCCAUCUAUGAGCUCGUGGUGCGAGGGAGCUGUUUCUGUUACGGUCAUGCCUCAGAAUGCGCCCCUGUGCCAGGGGUUGACGCCAGGGAGAGCGGCAUGAUCCACGGUCGCUGUGUAUGCAAACAUAACACAGAAGGCCUGAACUGCGAGCGCUGCAGAAAUUUCCACCACGACCUGCCGUGGAGACCAGCAGAGGUGGAGAACCCUCACACCUGCAGAGAGUGUAACUGUAAUGGCCACUCAAACCAGUGCCACUUUGACAUCGCAGUGUACUUGGCGACGGGCAGUGUUAGUGGAGGAGUUUGUGAUGACUGCCUACACAACACAAUGGGACGCAACUGUGAGACUUGUAAACCUUUCUACUACCAAGACCCUAACAGGGAUAUCAGGGACCCGCAGGUUUGUGUCGCCUGUGACUGUGACCCAGUGGGAUCAUCGGAGGGAGGAGUGUGUGACAGCCACACUGACCUCGAAAUGGGGAUGAUUGCGGGACAGUGCCGCUGUAAGGCCAACGUGAAAGGCAAGCGCUGUGAUGACUGCAAGGAGGGUUAUUAUGGACUCAGCCAGAAUGACCUGCUGGGUUGCCAACCUUGCAACUGUGACCCUCGUGGAAUCAUUACAAUGGGAGCUCCGUGUGAUCAGAUCAGUGGGGACUGCUCCUGCAAAAGAUAUGUCACAGGUCGCUACUGCAGCCAGUGUCUGCCUGAAUACUGGGGGCUCAGUAAUGACCUGGCAGGCUGCAGACCUUGUGACUGUGACUUUGGUGGAGCCUUCAACAACAGGUGCAUGAUGGAAACUGGCCAGUGUGACUGCAGGAGGCAUCUAAUUGGUCGCCAAUGCUCCGAUGUGCAGCCCGGGUAUUUUUGUGCUCCGCUGGACUACUACAAGUAUGAGGCUGAAGAUGCCACCGGACACUCUCCUGAUGACCCUGCACUGCCGGGCCAAGUUCGUCAGCAGGCAACUAAUGACUGUGUUCAGCACCUCAGCAGCCAGCUCAGGAGGCACCGGCGGCACCGUGACAUUACAAAGUCGCAGCAACAUCAGGCAGCGCUCAGACGUAUUCGGCAGCUUCAGCAAACACCGGAUGUGAGGACCGUUCAUAGAGAGCGCACGCCCAGCCACAUGGUCACAUGGACAGGACCUGGUUUUUCCCGUGUUAAAGAUGGUGCCGGACUGGUCUUCACCAUUGAUAACAUCCCCUACGCCAUGGAGUAUGACAUCAUGAUCCGCUAUGAACCUGAGUCCACAGAGAACUGGGAGGCUGUGGUUAGUAUUACAUCUGUAGAUUUGCCCUCGAGUCUCCGGUGUGGAAACCUUCUGCCUACCGAACAGCUCUACACUGUAAUCUUGCCGCACCACAACAGAUACAUCCAGAUGCCCAGACCAUUUUGUUUCGAGCCCAGCAAUCGUUACGUGGUUGCAGUCAGGUUCCAGCGUCACGGCGCCACACACAGACAUCUAACUGCCUUCAUUCUUAUUGACUCGCUGGUACUGAUCCCCAAAUACACCGAGCUUCCUGGUUUUCAAGGUAACACACCAGAGUCAGAGCAACGUCGGGAGGAGAUGAUCCGCUACAUGUGUCUUGAUUCUUUUAUGAUCACACCGAUGCCGGCACUGGCUGAGAUGUGCUCCAAACUCAUCUGCAGUAUUUCUUCCAUUAUUCAUGAUGGUGCCCUGCCCUGUGAGUGUGACCCUCAGGGCUCCCUCAGCGGUGAGUGUGACAGGGUGGGAGGUCGGUGCCAUUGUAAACCCAACGUGAUAGGGCGGCGCUGCGACCAGUGUGCCCCUGGGACGUAUGGCUUUGGUGUGAGUGGCUGCACAGCCUGUGACUGCCACUCCGAGGGUUCACUGAGCCACCAGUGUGACCCAGUUACAGGCCAGUGCCAGUGCAGGCAAGGAGCCACUGGGCGGCAGUGCUCUGACUGCCAACCAGGCCAGUGGGGCUUCCCCAGCUGCACCUCCUGUCAGUGUAAUGGCCACGCCGACCUCUGCGACCCCCGCACGGGAGAAUGUAAUGGCUGCAAGGACUUCACAGCAGGACCUCUCUGUGAGCGUUGUGUGGAUACAUUCUUUGGAAACCCAGUGCUUGGAUCAGGGGAGCACUGCCGGCCCUGCCCCUGCCCUGGUAACCCCAACUCCGAUAACUUCAAUGCGCUUUCUUGUCAAGUUGACCAUACCAGUGACCAGAUCAUGUGUAACUGCAAGCAAGGCUACACUGGUCUCCGGUGCGACCGGUGUGCCCCCGGUUACUAUGGCAACCCAGAGCAGCCCGGCGGACAGUGCCUCCCGUGUGACUGCAGCGGCAACAUAGACACCCAGGAUCCCGAGUCAUGUGACCCCAGGACCGGCCGGUGCCUGAAGUGCCUGUACCACACCGACGGCCCGUCCUGCGCCCAGUGCCAACUCGGUUACUAUGGCAACGCGUUGGCCCACGAUUGCAGACGCUGCACCUGUGUGACCGCUGGCACCAUCCAGUCUGCUUGCAGUGGUGGACACUGUCGCUGUGAUCAGCAGACUGGAGCCUGCCCUUGCAGGGAGAAUGUGGUCGGCCGCAACUGUGACCAGUGUGCCUUAAACCACUGGAACUACGGUCAGGAUCAGGGCUGUGAGCCCUGUAACUGUAGCCUGCAGCACGCUCUGGGAAAUCACUGCAACAUGUUCACAGGCCACUGCCACUGUCACUCAGGCUUUGGAGGCAAACAGUGUACUGAGUGUGAGAUGUUCCACUGGGGAGAUCCACGUGAGCAGUGCAACGAGUGUAACUGUAACCCGGAGGGCUCAGAGAUGGCACAGUGCAACAGAGUUACGGGGGCAUGUGAAUGCCGGGAAGGAGCAGCGGGACUGCGGUGCAAUCAGUGUGCUCGUGGUUUCACUGGCAUCUUCCCCAGGUGCGUCCACUGUCACCCGUGCUUCCAGCUGUGGGAUGAUGCACUGUGCCAGAUUAGAAGGGACCUGGAGCACAUUCAAUACAGGGUGCAGAAGAUCCUGGAGGGUGGCAUCAUGCCAGAAACUGGGGAUGCACGUAUCAAAGAGCUGGAGAGGAAGCUGAAGCAGGUGAAGGAUCUGAUCAGUACCCAGGACAGCAAAAAGGUCCACCAGCUGAUAGGACAGACCAUCGAUGACCUCAGGGCUGAGAUUGCUCUCACUGAUGGGCGUCUGAUGGGCAUUGGCCAAGAGCUGAAUACAACAGCAGAAAAAGAAAGGACACUGAAGCGCACACUGAAUGACUUAGAAAAAGAGCUGAGGGACGUCAACGCCACUGUGGCUCACAAACAGAAGCUGCUGAAUGAGUACCUGACCUCAGGGUUUGCAGAUCAGUUUGAGAAAGUGAAGAAGUACUACCGGGAGUCCCUGCAGGCGGAAGAGAAAUGCAACGCUUCUGUGUUUGGUCCCCUCAGUCCUGUGGAACAGUCUAGUUCAACCCGGGAGCUCACUGAAAAGCUGCUGGAUGCCAGUAAAGACAAGAUCAACCGCGACGUGGCUGCUCAAAACAAAUCACUGAAUGAGCUACAACAGAAGGCUCGUGACCUCCAUAAAAAAGUCAAUCACCUGAGCAACAAGGUGUGCGGCGGUGACAGCAGCCACAGUGUCAAUGGCAGUUGUCCAGACAGUCAAUGUGGUGGCGCCGGCUGCCGUGACGAGCAGGGAAACCGCGUGUGUGGAGGAGUGGGAUGCAACGGGACUGUGAGCGCAUCUGUAGCUGCGCUGAAAGCUGCCAGGAACGUUACAGACAGUCUGAACGCUGCUAGUCAGGAGCUGCAGAAAAGUCUCCAAAAAGCUCCAGGACGUAGCUUCUCUCACACAAGACGUGAAGAACCAGACAAAGAACGUUCUGACAAAAGCUCAGGAGAAGAAAGAGACAUUUAAAGACAUUAACAAUCUUCUGAAAGGCUUCAUAAAGAUGAUCAAAGACUUUCUCACUGAGGAGGGAGCAGAUCCAGAGAGCAUAGAGAAAGUGGCUCUGCAGGUCUUGUCGAUCAAGCUGCCGCUCAACAGGACCACUCUGGACAAAAUGAUCAUGCAGAUAAAGGACAGCCUUUACAACAUUAGCAAUAUUGAGGAG